AUGGCUAGCGCACUCCCCGUAUCAGAAGUGCAGGACUCAAAUAUGCCCUGGCCUCAAAGCGUUGCAGAUGCAGAGGAAAUCUUGCAGAAAUUUGCACCUAUUUCAAGGGAUCCAGGUAACGGUAUACGGUUGCUAAGUCCUAAGGAUCUUGAUACAUCAAGAGGCAUUCUCAGACCUGCUGUUUCUCUAUCAGAUGUACCAGAUAUAAAAAUUAAUAAGAAAAAGACCCGUCAAAUAGAGAGGAAUAAAGACGAGAUCUUGUGGGUCUUCUAUAAUGCCUAUCGCGCGCGCUCAAAUGUAUACAAGAGCGAACUAGAAAAUAUGUUGAAGUUGGUGGACUUGACCGGUAUCCAAGUGACAGUUAUUAUUGAAAUAUCUUUUGUGAAUGGAGCGGUGUUGACACUUUCUGGUAGGUCUUCAUUUAAUGGCUAAACGUAGUAUGUGGAAAGAACCGAGCUGGGAGAAGGGUGUUAGCCUUGGGCAUCAUAAAUCACAGAGACUGAGUAG